AUGUUUGGAGCACUUAUUUUACAUAAAAAAGAUUGCAAUACUAAUAAAUGUCCAUGUAAAAUGUCUUAAUUUAAUAAUUUAGCAGGCGAUGAAAAACCAACUAUUUCUGGAGGAAUGGUUAUUGAUUUAGGUAAAGAUCUUAAAAUAAAAGGAGUUGAUUUUCCAAGACUUUCACAGUCAAUGGAUAUUUUCGAAAUAUGGUUUAUGGAAUAUAUUGAUUUUUCUUUUGAAAAACUAAUUACUGAUUUAAUAAGAAAAAAUUAAGAAGAAGAUGCUUAAGAAGUUAGUUUAAGAUAUUGGUUUUUUUUAAUAAAGUUUAAAAAAAAUUAAAUAAAAGCUUUAUAUUAGAAUAAAGUAAUGGCUAAUUAAUUAAAAAAUAAAGGCUCAUUUUUCUGUACUGUGGAGAGGAGUUUAACUAAUCUAAUCGAAAACAGAAUUAAAGAAAGGGAUAAGGCUCAUUUCUAUUCUUAUAGUUAAAAAGAUAGAUAUGAUGCAGUUAAUAACUCGAAAUUUGAUGUUAUGGUAAAUUCUGAAACAAUAAAAGAUAAAUUAAAGAAAUUAUUGGGUAUUUUAAUUUAAGAUAAAUGUCAAUAUUUUGAAAAUAUGAUAAAAGGAUUUAAUUCUUUAGAAAAAAUGAGAGUAGAUACACUGGAAUUUCUAAAAUAUGUUUAAUAUUUUGAGAAAACAAUAUAAGAAGAAAUAAAUAAAAAUAAAGGCAAUAUUUAUUUUCUUAAAUUUAAAUCUCUAUUAAGUGCAUAUGUACUUUUUGAUCCUUUACAUUGUAAAGAGUUAGAAUAAGAAUUCGAUGAUGUAAUAAUAAAAGAUAAAGCUUAAGACAGUUCAAAUACAAUUACUAGUUGUAAUAUUUUAUAAGGAAAUGUGGGAAGUAUAAUUGCAAGUUUUUAAUCUUUAUAAAAUAAUGGAAAAAUAUUAAAAUUUUCAGAAAAAAUACCUUCUAUAUUUAGUUAUGGACGAUAGGAAUUUUAACUUAUAGUUAUUAAUAUAUAAAUAUAUAUAUUUAUAUAUUUUAAUAAAAAUAAAUAUUUAUAAUUUUUAAAGGAAAAUAUUAAAUUCCUUAUUCCUAAUUGUAUUAGCAUUUUACAUGAUUAUUUUUUAAAAAGAUUAGUUAAUACUGGAGUUGCUAAAAGUGUAAGAAAUUUUCGACCAAUGUUUGGAUUAGAUUAAGGAGGAUAUAUAUUCAAAGUAAAGCUCUUUAUUAAUUAUUAUUUCGUAAAAUAAGAUGACUUUGCUUUUUCAUCACUUAUUGUUAAAUAACCUUCAAAUUUUAUGUUUAUUAUUUUGAAUUCGAGUGGUUAUAUUGAAGGAAUUUGUAAAGGUUUUGCCUAAUUAAUACAUGCGGAAGAUAUGGAUUAAUAGUUUAUGAAGAAAUGUCAUAUAGCUUUUUUAAUUCCUCAAUUUAUGGAUUUUUUAUAGAAAUUUAAUAAAAGAGAAGAAUAUUCGUUUUUGAAAUUUAAAAUGAUAGUUCCAAAAGGUUUUUUUUGUUUUUUUUUUUUUAAAAAAAAAAUUAAAUAAAAAAAAGAUACUAUAAAAAUGGCAAAUAGUUUUAUUUAGCAUCAUUCAAAUUUUUAGAAUUUAAAAUCUUUUUCAAAAGAAUGGAUAAAUAAUAUAAAUAGUUUCACUUGUGGUGUUUAACUCGAAAACAAUAAAGAAACUGAAUAUGAAAUCACUUUUAAUUUCUAUCAUGAAUUCUUUCAUUUAGAAGAAUCUGAAGUACUUUUGUAUUAUGUAGAGAUUUAAAGCUAUGUGUUUUGGGAUGAAGUCUAAAAUUCAAUAUUUAGUACUGGAACUAAUUAAUCAAAAAAUUCGAAUAAUAAUCAAAAUUUAAGACUUGUAAAUUAAGAACUGCAAGAAAAAGAUGACGAAGAAGUUGAAGAUGAAGAUGAUGAUUAAUAGGAAUCCAAAAAACAAUUAGAAAUUAAAAAAUAAGAAGAAGAAGAAGAAGUAGAAAAAGAAAUAAUAAUAUAAACAGAAGUUUAAUAAGGACUAAUAACAACAGAAAUAGACGAAAGUAAUAACUAUUUUUUGAAUACAUAGCAUUAAGAACAAAUCAAUUAAAUUAUAAAAAGCAAUAAUUCAAAUGAAGAUUGUAAUAAUAAUAAAUAAUAGAAUAACGAAAAUCAGGAAGAAGAAAGUAAAGAUUCUGUAAAAAUAAGUGUAGCAGAAAAUGAAGAUAAAGUAGAUAUAGCAGAACACUUUAAAAAAAUGAAUUAAGCAAAUAAUAAUAACAAUAAUUAUGAAUAAGGAUCAUAAUCGAAUUCCGUAAAUUCCUCUACAAAUGUUAUCUUAAAGAGUAUUAUUACUAAUACUUCUAGUUAAGAUACACCUGCAUUUAUGCUUUUACUUUAUACUGUGUUCUUAUUUUAGUUUACUGUUUUUAUUACUGUGGUUAUUGUUUUAGUUAUUACUACUUCUCAAAACUUUAACGAUUAUACUUCUGGACUUAAUGAAAUGGGAAGAUAAGCAAAAUUAUUAUUGCCGGUUAGUUAAACUUUAAUUUCUACGGAUUUGGUUUGUCUUAAAAAUCUAAAAUUGGGAUACCAGUAUGAUAUUUAAAUUCAUAAUUUUCUUAUUUCUUAAAUAUAAACAAGUUAUGAUGAUUAUAAAGAAGCUCUUUUUAAUUUAAUAGGAAAACAGGUAAAAUAUAGUUAUCAGAAUAGCAUUUUUGAUUUUACAUUAGAGGCUAUUGUAAAAGCCGAUAAUAAAGAAAGUCAAGUAUAACUUUAUUAUACAGAGUUUUUGAAAAAAGUAGGUGAGAGUAUUUAUUAAUUAACUUUAGAAAAUAUUCAGAAAUUAAUUUUAGAAUAAAAUGAUUAAAGGUUUAUUUUAACAAAUAAUCUAUAAAAUAUUUAUAAACUCGUCCAUUAAUCUUAAAUAGAAGUUAAUAAUGAUGUAGAAAGCCUAAAAUCUUCAAUUAUUACUCUUAAUUAAUUUUCUGUUAUUUUAGCUAUUUUCUUGAUUAUACUUUCCUUUGGAUUCCUUUAUCCAUCAUAUAGAACUUUGAGAUUUAAUUCUUAAAGAAUACUAAUGAUAGUUAGUAGAAUGAAAGAGGAGGAAACUAACGAUAUUAUUGAUAACUUAAGGAUUAUCUCUAAAAAGUUAUAUUCUGAUGAUGAUGAAUAUUUACAUUUAGAUUUUUCUAAUUUGGCUUUAAGAGAAUAGUCUGAAAAUCAAGUUAAGAUUAGUUCAUAAAGAAAUAAAGCCAAAAAAAGUAAAUAUUAAAGAUAAAAUUAUUUAUAUGAUCGGAUUUCUAAGUAAAAUUUGUAAUUUUUAAAUUUUCUAUUCACACUAUUUAUUCUUUGUUUAUUGUCUACUGUUUUUUUCUUAAUUAUAUUUAUUUAUAUGGAUUAGUUUUCUUCUAAAUUUGGAAUUCCGGCUGAAAAUUAUAAAAAUUUUGUGGAAGCUUGUCUAUAGUUUUCUGCAAUGCAAUCUUCGCAUAAUAUACUGAUUUUAAAUAAUUUAUUCUUUUAGAAGAAAGGAUUUUAAUAUGUAAGUAAUUUAAAAAAAUAAGAAAUUAUGUAAUUAAGAGAUGAUUUAUUUUAAUAAUCAACAACUUUUUUUACAGAAAAAUAUUUAAAUAUAGCAUUAAGUUCAGAAGGUAAUUUUAAAACUAAUCUUUAUGAAUUAAUCAGUGGAAGAGUUUGUGAUUUAAAAAUUUUGGAUGAAAAAUAUAAAAAUACUUGUCAAAAUAAUAUGGAAGGACUUCUUAAUAGGGGUCUUUUGAAUACCAUUAAGACUGUUUUUAAUAUUAUUUAAAUAUAAAUGCUAACUAAAGAUUGGGUUUAGCUUGGGGAAAGUAAAGAAUAUUAAGAAAGCCUUAUACAACUUUAAUUAGUAAUUUUUUUUCUUAAAACUAUUAUUGGUUAUUUCGAAGGUGAAAAUAUAAGGAUUAAAGAUGAAUUUGUAAGUAACUUAUAACUUAUUCUUAUUUUAGGGAGUAUUUUUUAUGUUCUUAUUUUUAUUCUUAUUAUUGGUUUUUAUAUGAGAAAACUUAAAACAGAAUAUCUUACUAUCAAAAAGGCUAUAUAAAUUAUACCUUAUAAGAGACUUACUGAAGAUUAAAUGACUGUUUUUCUUUUAUAAAAAAUUAUGGAUAUUGGAAGAUGA